AUGAGUAAUGAGGAUGCUAUUUUAGCCUGCAUUGAGCAGACAAUGGUUGCAGAUGCCAAGCUAAUUAGAGAAGCUGAGAAUCAACUUAAUGAAUAUCAAAAACAAGAUGGAUUUACAACAUUUUUACUAAAUGUGAUAGGCAACGAAGCUAUUUCGGCUAAUAUCCGUUUAUCAUCUGCUAUCUAUAUGAAAAAUAAACUUCAACGUUGUUGGGGUUCUAAACGUGAAGCAGGGAUCAAAUCAGAAGAGCAACAAGCAAUUAAGCAAAAACUUGUUGAAGUCUUAGUUAAAGUCAUUGAUAACAAUCAUUUAAGACCUGCAUUAACAGAAUCAGUUAGAGCUAUCUUAAACAAUAAUGAUCCAUGGAAUUUAACCGGUGUUAUUAAUGAACUAUUAAAGAGUGGUGAACAACAAUAUACAUACGCAGGGUUGCUAUUAUUAUUCGAAGUAUGCAUUGCCCACAGGUGGGAUAUGAGUGAUAAUAGAUCCGAAAUUGAUGAAGUCAUUAGCCAAGUUUUCCCAACCAUAGAAGGUAUUGCAUCUCAAUUGGUCAACAGGGAAGAUUAUAAAUCAAAUGAAUUACUAUAUUUAAUUUUAAAAUGUUUUAAAUAUGCAUGCUUAAACAACUUUCCUGCUUACUUUAAAGAUAUAAACAAAGUUAAUGCUUGGAUCGAAAUGCAUUUAUUUGUCUGUGCUAAGCAAUUCCCAAAGGAAGUGUUAGAUUUAGAACCUGCUGAUCGUUCUCUAGAUAAAAGAGUAAAGGUUAAUAAGUGGGGUUUUGGGAAUUUAUACAAAUUUAUUAGUAAGUAUUCCAGAACCACAAAGGCAAUAUCAGAAGAAUUUAAUUCUUAUGUUAUUUCAAACUUAACUCCAGUUAUUAUUCAACAGUAUUUUAAAAUUAUCCAAUCAUGGAAAGAGGGUACUUUAUGGUUAAGCGAAGCCUCUCUAUUUUAUUUAAUCGAAUUUUUUGAAAAAUGCCUUGUUGAAGAUUCGCUUUAUCAACAUAUAGAACCACAUAUUCAAAUCAUUAUCGAAAAUAUUAUUUUCUCUUGUGUUUGUGCUACUAAAGAAAGUAUGGAGUUAUUAGAGGAUGACCCAGAAGAAUAUACCAGAAGAUAUUUUGAUUUAAACAAAGAGGGGUCAACAUCUGAUGUAGCAUCUACUGAUUUUAUAUAUGUGAUAGGCCACAAGAGACCAGAAAAAUUAAAUUCUAUUCUUCCAUUUGUUAGCGAAAUUUUACAAAGUUACUCUACCAAUAGCGAUAAUCUUGAAUGUGCAUUCAAACAAGAAGGUGCACUUAGAAUGAUCUCUAGCUUAUUUACCCAAUUGGAUGAAAAUACUGAAUUGGAAGCCAUAUUCUCUAACUUUAUUGUACCUCUAUUGUCCCAAAACAACUACCAAUUCUUAUUAGCUAGGUCGUUAGAGACUAUUGCUCAAUAUACUAAGAAGUUCGAAGAUAUGGGUACCCUUUCAAAAAUAUUCGAAUUGACAUACAACCAUUUCAUGAAUAGCGAUGUUUUGCCAGUUAGAGUUGAAGCAGCUGAUGCUUUAAAGACUUUGAUUAUUGCUAAUCCUGACAUACAUAGCCACAUCAGUUCACAAGUUCCAGGCAUCACCGAAAAACUAUUGAUGCUAUCCAAAGAAUUUGAAUUAGAUACCUUAUCUGAGGUUAUCGAAACUUUCGUUGAACAUUUUGCUGAUGAAUUGACCCCAUUUGCUGAAAAUUUAGCAUCCAGUUUGGUUGAGCAAUUUUUGACAUUAGGUAACAGUAUAUUAGAAAAUUCAAGCUCCAGUUAUAAUGCUGCUGAGCAGGACCAAGAAAUUCAAGCUUGUGCUUUAUUACAAACAAUGACCACUAUGGUUAUGUCAAUGACAAAGGUUUCCUUAAUUGACAAAUUUGUUCCCGUAGUUAAAUUCGUCAUCAUUAAUGCUCAAAUUUCAUUAUUGAGUGAAAUUGUCGACUUAAUGGACUCUUUGGCAUUAUCCGCACAGGCCCUAUUCAACCAGUUUACUCCAACCAUUUGGGAAAUAGUCCACGACGUCCUUGAUUCAUUUGAAACAUACGCCAUGGAUUAUUUUGAAUCAUAUUUAGUAUUCUUCGAAACCUUAGUUACUUAUGGUUUCCCAAAAGAUCAGACCUUUGCUGAACCAUUCUUGACAAUUUUGUCUGCAAAACUUGAAAGUGAAAUUGAUUACGAUGUUGAAAGUGUUUUAGAUAUUCUGGUGUUCUACACUUUAUCUAUGAACGAUAUUCCAUUAUUUUCCAAAGCUAUUAAGGCUGCAUCUGUUGAAGAGCUAGAAAUAGAAGAUUCUCAAAUAAUUAAACUAUUUCUAGCAUCAUUAUCUGUCAAACCAUUGGAGACCUUCCAAAUAUGUGAGUCAGAAGGCUUUACUUUGGCUCUUCUAACAAAGUGGUUUGAUAAUAAAUUUGCAAGUGUCUUUUCCACUAAAUUACAAAUAUUAGCAAUUCUUUCGGUUAUGAAAUUGCCAGAACUACCAGGCUCUGUAAUUGGAUACAUAUCACAAUUAUCAAACAAAUUAGUCCAAUUGACGGAGGAAUUACCAACUGCUAUUAGAAGACGUGACGCAAUGGCUCAAGGUGCAGAAGGCUUACAAGAAAUAUUCGAUAAUGCAAAUGCUGAUGACGACGCUUUCUUUGAGGAAUAUGAAGACGAUUUGAAAGAAACUGUCUUGGAUGACGUUAAUGCUUUCCAAGAGGUUGCUAAUUUUUUUACACAACUACAAAGUGUUAACCCCACUAGAUACCAACAGGUUAUUGGUUCCUUGUCAGAAGAAAAGAAGAAUAGUUUGGAGACUAUCAUAGAAUUUGUUUCAACAAAUUAA